UGCAGCUCCCAGAAUGUGUCUGAGUAAACAGGAAGGACAGGGGGCCCCACGCCCUUCAGGGUGAGCGUCCUCCCUGGGUCCUGUGCAUUCUUGCAGGUUCUCCCCCACCUUGCUUUCCAGGACUAGCAGCUUGAACUAACAGUGGAGGUGGGGCCAGGGGCUGUGAGCCCAGAAAGGAGACACAGUGGAGAAGGGGGCAGUGUUUGGAGGGAAGGGGCACGUUGAGGAGCAUCUCCUUAGCCCUAAACUGGAGGAAACUAAAACAUGAGAGUCCAGUUGAGAGAAAAGGAGGAGCACGGGGCCAGCAGGAAAGGCUGUGUUUUCUAAUUAGGAGGAAGGGGAACAGGGCAACGUGUGAGGGGCCGAGUCUCACUCAGCCUCGGGGGGAUCUCCAUCAGCAGCUCCUGUCCAGCAGCACCACGGGCCUGGCCCUGCAGGAGUGUCCUGGGUCAGCGGGAGGGUGUGGGCUAGGCCUGGGCUCAAUGCCCAGGUGGCUGGACAGGGGCUGCCCGGGCCAUAAGCCGAGGGCUGAAAGCGGGAAGAACCUCACGUGUUCAGCCAGGCUCCCCCGCUUCCCCAUUACUGUGUUUGGGGUGAAAACAGACCAAGUAACUAUGGCAACCUGGAACCUAGGGCCCCCAGGAACUAGGCCUCUCCUCCCUCCAGAGGGCAGCCCUGGCUUCUCCGCCAGCACUUCCUGUCCCAAGGUCCCUCCAGCUGUUUCCAGCCUUAUCCAGGCAGUGAGUGCAAGGAGAACAGGGAUUUUGGAGGGAGAGCACCUGAGUUGGAGCCCCUGCUUUGCCUUUUGUUAGUGGGUGUCCUUGGUAGGUAACAAACACUCUGAGCCUUAGUUUCCUCAUCUGUAAAAUGGGGUACUCCUACCUACUUCUCAGGGUUGGUGUGGGGAGGAAAGAUGAUGUGCAGGCUGCCUGGUCCCUAGUGGACACACUUUUCUCUCCUCCCCUGCUCCUUUCUCCCUCCAUUUACAUUGUCCUUUUCUCCUCAGUUCCGCUUUUCUCCCAUCUGGGUCCAUCACUGUUUCAUUGUCCCAUCGCUUUUUCUCUUUCCUGACCCCAGCUCAGGAAAGUGCUUGAAGUACUGGCAUCUCAGACUGGGUGCUCUGGGGUGGGGCAGACAGCUCCUCUGGCUUAGUGGCAAGGGACAGCUGGCACUGUGGUGUGAACCGAGAGUCAGACUCUUGGCCAAGGGCAUGGGUGGUGGGAAGGACCAGGAGAGGUGUGGAGAGUGGGUGUGCUGUGGAGGGGGAAGGCAGGUCAGUCUGCCGCCCUUCAGGCCCACGUGGGUCUCCAGCUGCAGCCCUGUCGAAGGCCACCGCAGCAUGCUGGCCAUUGUCACUCCUGCACCUCCUGUUGGCCCCCUUCUGGCUCAGACCCUCUUUAUCUUUCAGUUCUGCUGCUUUCCUUCCUCAGAGUCUGCCCUUCGUUCCUCUUAUGACCCCUGACCCACUGUCUCUCCCUCUUCUUUUUCUCUAGACUUCUUUCCUGCCUUUCUUUGCCCUCUACCCACCACGAGUCAUCACCUUCUCUUUCAGACCCUUUAUUCUUUGUUCACCUGUUUGUUUCUCCCAGUUCUUGUAUUUUUCCCUUCCUCCCCCUCUGCUUCACUGUCUGCUCCCUUCCUUUUUUCUGGGUCUUCUCAUCUCCUCCUGCUGCGAACCCUGUGUGCACCACCCCGUUUCCAUGGCCCUUUCCACUCCUUUGUCCACAUUCCCUGUCCCCUUCCAUGACUUCCUCUCUUCUCCCCGCCUCAGCCCUCUCCUCCUCCUUCUGCCCCCCCUUCUCCCUUCACCUCCCCACUCCGGUCCUCUGUCCUCUUCCCAGCUGUGGGGCCAGCACUGGAGAGCCUCACAUGUUUGCCUCAUCGUUCUGCUAUGGCUUCUGGAUAUAGCACAUCUGGAUUCCGGGGCCCAGAUGUGUGGUUGCUACAGCGACCUCGGUCCCUCUGGUAAAUAUGGGCGCCCACCCGCCCCAGAGCAGAGAACAAAAUAAUUGUGUGACUUUCUUUUGUCAUGAGAUAGAAAUGUCCUCCCCCCUCCCUUUGCCCUACACCCAUGUCUCCAGGCAAAGGAAGUUUUAAGGGUCCAAACCCUUCCUCCUGUGGCUCUCUUGCCCCCUUUUCAGCCCCGACCUCUUAGUUCUCUCCCAUCUUUAAUCUCAGCCUCAAUCUUUUCUCUCCACAUUCCCCUUCCUCACCAUCUCCCUCCCCCCAGAUCUCAAUAAUGGAGCGUUGCCCGCCCCCUGACUUAUACUUGGCAAUUUCUUCUGAAUCUACAUAAAAACUGGAUGUGGAAAGAAGUUUCAAAAAUCCACAUCACCCACCCUUUCUUCUCAAACAAGUCCAUCGGAAGCCCCUUCAUUUAUUUCUUCCCUAAGUCUUCAGUCUCUCUGGGGCUGUUCUUGUGGGAGGGGAGGAAUACAGGCUUUGAAAUCAGAAAACCUGGGCUGAGGCCCACCUUCACCACCACUAGUGAAGUCCCCAGGACAAGUCCCUUAAUAUCUAAGAGCCUCUGUUUCCUCAGCACAAAGUGGGAUUAAUAACGUGCUGCGGUGUAGGAAGGGCUUUGUAAACGGAAGCCCAGUACAACUGUUUUCUAUCUUCCCGAGUCUGGGACUGCUUCCUUGGAUCGCAGCCCCUGGCCUCUCUUUGCUCCCUCUCCCCAUCCUUCAGGCCCUUGCCCUCAGUUGCCCUUACUCUUCUGUGUCUUCCUUGACUCCUCCUUGGCUUUCCCUUUCCUUCCUUGCUGUGCCUUUUAUGCCUUAUCCUCCUGAGGGUAGGACAGGAACUUGGAGCUUCAUUCAAGGAUGGAGGUCCAGAGCUGAAGACACCUGGACUGAGGAUUCAGAGAACAGCCAGAGCAUGCAGACGGCUCUUGCUAAGACCCCAGCCUUUCUUUCUGCCCAUCGCCUGGGACACCUCAGUGAAGGCAAGCCGUCUCUGACCACUGGACUUCCCUGCCUUUGCCCUGGGGCUCCCUGCCAGACACUCUUGCCACACCCUCCUCUCCCAGUCAUUUCACAGCUCAGUAUUGACAGGCAUUUAUUUAUUUAUUUUAGUUAUAAAAUUUUUGGCUGCGUUGUGUCUUCGUUGCUGCGCGCGGGCUUUCUCUAGUUGUGGAGAGCGCGGGCUACUCUUCGUUGCGGUGGGUGAGCUUCUCACUGCGGUGGCUUCUCUUGUGGUGGAGCGCGGGCUUCAGUAGUUGUGGCGCACGGGCUUAGUCGCUCCGCAGCAUGCGGGAUCUUCCUGGACCAGGGCUCGAACCUGUGUCCCCUGCAAUGGCAGGCGGAUUCUUAACCACUGUGCCACCAGGGAAGCCCUUGACAGGCGUUUAUGAAGCACCUGCUCUAUGCGAGGCCCAGUGCUUUUCUGAUAAAAUGCAAACAUAUAUAAGACAUAAGCUCCUCCAAGAGCCUGAAAUCCAGGGCGUGGAUGACAUUUUGGGUAAUGAUUAUCUCAGAACCUGGAAUUAUGUCUGUCAGGCCUCCAGUGGCUUCUUCUAAUGCCCUGUGAGCUUGUGAAUGUCUGGAGUCCCGCACCCUUCUCUGACUCUGGCAUCCCGUCUCCCCUCAGAAGUGGACUUCCAAAACACCCCAGGGCCAUCCUUUCAGCUCUUGCUUCUUUCUCUCCAGGGUCUUCUGGUCACUGUCUGGGCCAAGUAUACCUGUGGUGACCAUACUUCCUAAAUAAUAAAACCAAGGGACUUCUCUGGCGGUCCAGUGGUUAAGACUCCAUGCUCCCACUGCAGGGGGUGUGGGUUCGAUCCCGGGUUGGGGAACUAGUAUCCCACAUGCCAUGUGGUGUGGCCAAAAAAAUAAAUAAAAUAAAAAUUUAAAAGUAAACAAAAAAUAAAUAAAACAAAGACAGGGUAUAGGACCAAAAAGAAAAAAAAAAAAGGAUAUGACCAUUAGAAUUACUAGAAUCUGUGGUAUCAGAGAAUAUCUGUUCUCUGCAGUCUGCUCUCUCCACAUAAUGCUGUUUCAGACCCUCCUUCGUCCUUUCAUCUCCUCUCCCCCAACCCCUGCCUGGAGAUCUGAGGGAAGCUGUUACCUAUUCCAGGCUCUGGGGGCUUCGGGCCAAGGCAGAGGAAGGAGGCUGAGCCCAGCUCUAUCCAAGAAGCUGAUUUCAUCCUCCCCAUCAAAGCCACUAAAAAAAAACCAGCCACACACACACCCAGACACACGGACACACGGGGACACCCACGCGAGGGAACAUGCAAGCCUUCGCCCUCAGCCAGUGGGAGUUCACAGGGCAUAGGGCACAGCCAGGUGCUGGGCCAGCGCACCCUGACCCAGGAUCACCACACCCACGACCCUGGGGACCUGACCAGGGUACGGACACCUGUGCCCCAACACAAGCGGCAGAAUCGGGCACACACAGCCUCCUGCCCGUCCCUUUCACCCAUGACCUGUGACUUGACCAAGCUACUCCUCAAUGGUGAGGAUUGUAGCUGGGUGGCAAGAACUUUAUCCUCCGUGUGAAGCCUGGGAUGGGGUCUCCCUCAGCCUGGAUAUUUCUCAUCUGGCCAAAGUCUCCUUUUCAGCCCCUUGUCAGAGUGGCAAAGCACAUGGGGAAAUGAGACCAGAGAAGCAGCCCAGCAGCCUGAUGUGGUCUCCUAUGUCCUGGUCUUCAGCCAAGCCCUUGUCCAGCCAGUGCCCAAGCCUCAUCCGUCAUUUCUCCAGGAAUUUGCUGAGACUCCCUCCUUCUCACUGUCGCAGCCCAGAUCGACGGUCGGGUGGCGGCUCGGUGAGCCCCUGCUGCAGGGAACAAGCAAAGGGACAUCCAGGAGCCCAGGGCUGCCAAGGGGCGCCCACCCACCCUGCCCCGAGAACCCCCUUCCCAAGGUCGGGGACAGAGCAGGUGCAGAGACACCGCAGCCGCUUGUUACUCAGCCUCCUGAAUGAUGCCAGCCCAAGGUUCCCUAACCUCCAGCCUGGCCCUCCUGGUGCUGCUGGGCACAGUCAGAGCAGGGCCUUUCUCUUCACGGUCCAAUGUGACACUCCCAGCCCCACGGCCUCCUCCCCAUCCAGGAGGCCGCACAGAACAGCCAGGAGUGGGAGGCCCUUCUUCUCAGCUUUAUGAGCACACCGUGGAAGGAGGGGAGAAGCAGGUGGUGUUCACCCACCGCAUUAACCUGCCCAAUUCAGGUAGCUGUGGCUGUCCCCCAGGCACUGAGCCCCCCGUCCCUGCUUCAGAGGUGCAGGCCCUGAGGGUCCGGCUGGAGAUCCUGGAGGAGCUGGUGAAGGGGCUCAAGGAACAGUGCACUGGGGGAUGUUGUCCUGCUGCUGCCCAGGCUGGCACAGGCCAGACGGACGUGCGGAGCCUCUGCAGUCUCCAUGGCGUGUUUGACCUGAGCCGCUGUGCCUGCUCCUGCGAGCCAGGCUGGGGUGGGCCCACCUGCUCAGACCCCACAGAUGCCGCGGCGCCCCCCUCCUCUCCCCCCUCAGCUUCCCGGUCCUGCCCAGAUGACUGCAAUGAUCAGGGUCGCUGCGUCCGUGGUCGCUGCGUGUGCUUCCCUGGCUACACCGGCCCCAGCUGUAGCUGGCCCUCCUGCCCGGGGGACUGCCACGGCCGCGGGCGCUGCGUGCAGGGCGUGUGCGUGUGCCGCGCGGGCUUCUCCGGGGCCGACUGCAGCCUGCGCUCCUGCCCUCGGGGCUGCAGCCAGAGGGGACGCUGCGAGAACGGGCGCUGCGUGUGCAACCCGGGCUACACUGGCGAGGACUGUGGGGUGAGGAGCUGCCCCCGAGGUUGCAGCCAGAAGGGGCGCUGCGAGGACGGGCGCUGCGUCUGUGACCCUGGCUACGCUGGCGAGGACUGCGGCUCUCGGAGCUGCCCGUGGGACUGUGGUGAGGGCGGGCGCUGUGUGGACGGCCGCUGCGUGUGCUGGCCCGGGUACGCGGGCGAGGACUGCAGCACGCGGACCUGCCCCCGCGACUGUCGGGGCCGAGGGCGCUGCGAGGAGGGCGAAUGCAUCUGCGACCCAGGCUACAGCGGGGACGAUUGCGGAGUGCGCAGCUGCCCGGGCGACUGCAACCAAAGGGGCCGCUGCGAGGACGGCCGCUGCGUGUGCUGGCCUGGGUACUCGGGGCCCGACUGCGGCGCCCGCGCUUGCCCGCGCGACUGUCGGGGCCACGGGCGCUGCGAGAACGGCGUGUGCGUGUGCAACGCGGGCUACAGCGGCGAGGACUGCGGCGUGCGCAGCUGUCCCGGGGACUGUCGCGGCCGGGGUCGUUGCGAGAGCGGCCGCUGCGUGUGUUGGCCCGGGUACACAGGCCGGGACUGUGGCACGCGCGCCUGCCCCGGCGACUGUCGCGGGCGCUGCGUGGACGGCCGCUGCGUGUGUAACCCGGGCUUCACAGGCGAGGACUGCGGGAGCCGACGGUGUCCCGGGGACUGCCGUGGUCGCGGCCGCUGCGAGGAUGGCGUGUGCUUGUGCGACGUGGGCUACGAGGGCGAAGACUGCGGCGUGCGCAGCUGCCCCAGGGGUUGCCAAGGUCGCGGCCAGUGUCUGGAGGGGCGAUGCGUGUGCGACGACGGCUACGAGGGUGAAGACUGCGGCGUGAGACGGUGCACGCGCGACUGCAGCCAGCGCGGCGUGUGCCAGGAUGGUGUGUGCGCCUGUUGGGAGGGCUACACGGGCGAGGACUGCAGCCUCCGUACCUGCCCCUCCAACUGUCACCGGCGCGGCCGCUGUGAGGACGGGCGUUGCGUGUGCGACUCUGGCUACACCGGCCCCUACUGCGCCACCCGAACCUGCCCGGCGGACUGCUGGGGCCGUGGACGUUGUGUGCAGGGCGUGUGCGUGUGCCACGCGGGCUAUAGCGGCGAGGACUGCGGGCAGGAAGGGCCUCCCGCCAGCGCCUGCCUUGGGGGCUGCGGGCCUCGGGAACUGUGCCGCGCAGGCCAGUGUGUAUGCGUCGAGGGCUUCCGAGGCCCCGACUGCGCCAUCCAGACGUGCCCCGGGGACUGCCGCGGUCGGGGAGAGUGUCGUGAGGGCAGCUGCGUCUGCCAAGAUGGCUAUGCAGGGGAGGACUGCGGGGAAGAGGUGCCAGCCGUUGAGGGCCUGAGGAUGCACCUCCUGGAGGAGACGAUGGUUCGGACAGAGUGGACCCGGGCUCCUGGCAAUGUGGAUGCCUACGAAAUUCAGUUCAUCCCCACGACAGAGGGGCCGAGCCCCCCAUUCACAGCACGGGUACCCAGCUCUGCCUCAGCCUAUGACCAGAGAGGACUGGCCCCCGGUCAGGAGUACCAGGUCACUGUCCGUGCCCUUCGAGGGACUAGCUGGGGCCCUCCUGCCUCCAAGACCAUCACCACCAUGAUCGAUGGCCCCCAGGACCUCCGAGUGGUGGCUGUGACGCCAACCACGCUGGAGCUCAACUGGCUGCGCCCCCAGGCCGAGGUGGACCAGUUCGUGGUGUCCUACGUCAGUGCCGGCAACCAGAGGGUGCGGCUAGAAGUGCCCUCUGAGGCAGACGGGACGCUGCUGACCGGCCUCAUGCCAGGCGUAGAAUACGUGGUGACCGUCACUGCCGAGCGGGGCCGGGCAGUAAGCUACCCGGCUUCUGUCAGGGCCAACACAGCACCAGGCCACUACAGUCACCCGGAGGCGCACGCCCCAGCCCCGUCCCCCAGGCCCCGGCCCCGGCCGGUCCCGGCCCCGCGGCCCCCGCGGCCCCCGCGCCCACCAGUCCCCCCUCGGCCCUCGCGGCCGGCGGAGGAGGGGGAGGCGGAGUCUCGGCCCGGGCCGAACCUACCCCAGCCCCCUCGGCGGGCGUGGGGCAACCUGACGGACGAGCUGGGCCGCUUCCGCGGCACCGCGCAGGACCUGGAGCGCCACCUGCGGGCUCACGGCUACCCACUGCGGGCCAACCAGACCUACACGUCGGUGGCGCGCCACAUCCACGAAUACCUGCAGCGGCGUCGCCUGGCGGCGGCCAUCCCCACCAGCUCCCCCGCACCCCCGGCCCGUCGCUCCCACCCCACCUCCAGCCCCGACUCGGGCACCUGGAAGCGGGACUCCAACCAGGGCACCUACGGCCUCUCGCCCGAAGGCGUCGACCGGGUGGCUGCUCCCCGCCACCCCAAGCCCGAGGUGCUGGGCAGUUCCGCCGACGGCGCACUACUCGUGUCCCUCGACGGGCUCCGCGGCUACUUCGAGCGCGUGGUGCUGCGCUGGCGGCCCCAGCCGCCCGCAGAGGGCCCCGGCGGGGAGCUGACCGUGCCGGGCACCACGCGCACCGUCAGUCUGCCAGAUCUCAAGCCCGGUACCACCUACCACGUGGAGGUCCACGGGGUGCGGGCAGGGCAGACCUCCAAGUCCUACGCCUUCAUCACAACCACAGGGUCCUCCCCCUCAGACCUCCUGGGGGCCACUGAUGAGCCUCCUCCCUCAGGCCCUUCAACGACUCAAGGGGCUCAGGCCCCUGUCCUGCAGCAGCGACCCCAGGAGCUGGCAGAGUUGAGGGUGCUGGGCAGAGACAAGACAGGGCACCUCCGCGUGGCCUGGACUGCCCAGCCUGACACCUUUGCCCACUUCCAGCUGCGCCUACGGGUGCCCGAAGGGCCUGGGGCACAUGAGGAACUACUGCCAGGGGAUGCCCGUCAGGCUCUGCUGCCCUCACCCCCUCCUGGAUCCCCCUAUGAGCUGUCACUUCGUGGGGUGCCCUCCGGGGGCGAGCCCUCUGCUCCUCUCAUCUACCAAGGCAUUAUGGACAGGGAUGGGGAGAAGCCUGGGCAGCCCUUGGCCCCACCACACCUGGGCAAGCUGAUGGUGACGGACAUGACUUCCAACUCCCUGCUUCUGCACUGGACGGUCCCUGAGGGCGAGUUUGACUCCUUCGUGAUCCAAUACAAAGACAGGGACAGGCCCCAGGUGGUGCCUGUAGAGGGACCCCAGCGCUCAGCCCUCAUCUCCAACCUGGACAUCGGCCGCAAGUACAAAUUCGUCCUGUACGGGCUCGUGGGCAAGAAGAGGCAUGGCCCCCUGGUGGCUGAAGCCAAGAUCUUGCCUCAGACGGAUUCCAGCUCAGUGAGUCCACCUCGCCUGGGAAAGCUGUGGGUGACAGAUCCCACCCCAGAUUCGCUGCACCUCUCCUGGACUGUCCCUGAGGGCCAGUUUGACUCCUUCGUGGUCCAGUACAGGGACAGGGACGGACGGCCCCAGGUGGUGCCCGUGGAAGCCCCCGAGCGCUCGGUCAUUGUCUCCCCGCUGGACCCUGACCACAAGUACAGAUUCACUCUGUUUGGGAUUGUCGACAAGAAGCGGCACGGCCCCCUCACGGCCGAUGGUACCACUGCCCCAGAGAAGAGAGAGGAGCCCCGCCACCCAGAGUCCCCUGAGCAGCCCCUGCUGGGGGAGCUGACAGUGACCGGCAGCGCCCCAGACUCCCUGCGCCUGUCCUGGACGGUGGCCCGGGGCGCUUUUGACUCCUUCAUGGUCCAGUACAAGGAUGCGCAGGGGCGGGCCCAGGCAGUGCCCAUCAGGGGGCAUGAGAAUGAGGUCACCAUCCCCGGCCUGGAGUCUGACCGGAAGUAUAAGAUGAACCUCUACGGGCUUCAUGGCAGGCAGCGCGUGGGGCCUGUGUCCGUGGUGGCCACCACAGCCCCGCAGGAAGGCAUGGACGAGACCCCCAGCCCCACAGAGCCCAGCACAGAGGCACCAGAGCCCCCCGAGGAGCCCCUCCUGGGGGAGCUGACGGUGAUAGGAUCCUCCCCGGACUCGCUGAGCCUCUCCUGGACCGUCCCCCAGGGCCACUUCGACUCUUUCACCGUCCAGUACAGAGACAGGGAUGGGCAGCCCAAGGUGAUGAGGGUGCCUGGGCACCAGGACGGGGUCACCAUCUCGGGCCUGGAGCCAGACCACAAGUACAAGAUGAACCUGUACGGCUUCCAUGACAGCCAGCGUGUGGGCCCCGUCUCUGUCAUCGGGGUGACAACUGCAGAGGAAGACACCCCCAGCCCCACAGAACCCAGCACAGAGGCCUCGGAGGCCCCCGAGGAGCCCCUCCUGGGGGAGCUGACGGUGACAGGAUCCUCCCCGGACUCGCUGAGCCUCUCCUGGACCGUCCCCCAGGGCCACUUCGACUCCUUCACCAUCCAGUACAAGGGCCGGGACGGGCCCCAGGUGGUGCGUGUCGGGGGCGAGGAGAGUGAGGUGACCGCUGGGGGCCUGGAGCCCGGGCGCAAGUACAAGAUGCACCUGUACGGCCUGCACGGGGGGCGGCGUGUGGGCCCCGUGUCCACCGUGGGCGUGACCGCUCCACAACCAGAAGAGACUCCCGCAGCCACCGAGCCCCCCCGGGAGCCACGCCUCGGGGAGCUGACAGUGACAGAUGUGACCCCCAGCUCCGUGGGCCUUGCAUGGACAGUCCCUGAGGGCCAGUUUGACUCCUUCGUGGUCCAGUACAAGGACAGGGACGGGCAGCCCCAGGCGGUGCCUGUGGCCGCAGACCAACGAGAGGCCACUGUCCCCGGCCUGGAGCCUGCACGCAAAUACAAGAUGAACUUGUACGGGCUACAUGGUGGGCAGCGCGUGGGCCCCCUCUCUGUGGUAGCCAUGACUGCUCCGCUCUCUCCAGCCCCGGGCACAGAGCGCCCCCUUGAGCCACGUCUGCGGGAGCUGACAGUGACGGACGUGACCCCGGACUCCGUGGGCCUCUCCUGGACAGUCCCCGAGGGUGAAUUUGACUCCUUCGUGGUCCAGUACAAGGACAGGGACAGGCAGCCCCAGGCGGUGCCUGUGGCUGCAGACCAGCGUGAGGUCACCAUCGCCGACCUGGAGCCCGACAGGAAGUACAAGUUCCUGCUCUUUGGGAUCCAGGACGGGAAACGCCACAGCCCAGUCUCUGUGGAGGCAAAGACAGUUGCUCGAGGUGACACCAGCCCAGGAGCCCCACCCCGCCUCGGGGAGCUGUGGGUGACAGACCCCACCCCAGACUCACUGCGCCUCUCCUGGACAGUCCCCGAGGGCCACUUUGACUCCUUUGUGGUCCAGUUCAAGGACAGGGACGGGCCCCGGGUGGUGCCUGCAGAGGGCCACGAGCGCUCAGUCACCAUCGGCCCUCUGGACGCCAGCCGCAAGUACAGAUUCCUCCUCUACGGCCUCCUGGGCAAGAGGCGCCGUGGCCCCCUCACCGCCGAGGGCACCACAGAGACCCGGAGAGCUGUGGACGAGGCUGGAACAAAACCACGUCUGGGGGAGGAGCUGCAGGUGACCAGCGUGACAUCAGACUCCGUGGGCCUCUCGUGGACGGUCCCUGAGGGCCAGUUUGACUCCUUUGUGGUCCAGUAUAAGGACAGAGAUGGGCAACCCCAGGUGGUGCCCGUGGAGGGCAGCCUCAGGGAGGUCAGUGUCUCAGGCCUGGACCCUGCCCGCAGGUACAAGCUGCUGCUCUACGGGCUAUACAAGGGCAAGCGUGUGGGUCCCAUCUCCACCGUCGCCAUGACCGCCCCCAGGGAAGAAGUCGAAGCUGAGACUGAGGCCCCCAGCCCUCCAGCAUCUGAGCCCCGUCUCGGGGAGGUGACUGUGGAGGAGGGCACCCCACACACCCUGCAUCUCUCCUGGACCGUGACUGAGGGAGAAUUUGACUCCUUUGAGGUCCAGUACACAGACGAGGAGGGGAAGCUCCAAGUAGUCCAUUUAGGGGGCAACCAGAAUAUCAUCACCCUCUCUGGCCUGGAAUCCGACCACAGAUACCUGGUGAGCCUGUACGGUCUCCACGAUGGGCAGCGUGUGGGUCCUGUGCACGUCGAGGCCCUGACAGCCCCAAAUGAGGAAGAGAAUGAACCUUCAGAAUCUCCCUCUACCACCCCUGAGCCUCACGUCACGCCUCGCCUGGGGGAGCUGGCAGUGACAGACGCCACCCCCGAAUCCCUGAGCCUCUCCUGGACCAUCCCCGAGGGCCAGUUUGACCACUUCCUGAUCCAGUACAAGAACGGGGACGGACAGCCCAAGGCUGUGAGGGUGCCAGGGUACGAGGACGAGGUUACCAUCUCGGGCCUGGAGCCAGACCACAAGUACAAGAUGAACCUGUACGGCUUCCAUGACAGCCAGCGCAUGGGCCCCGUCUCUGUCAUCGGGGUGACAACUGCAGAGGAAGACACCCCCAGCUCCACAGAACCCAGCACAGAGGCCUCGGAGGCCCCCGAGGAGCCCCUCCUGGGGGAGCUGACGGUGACAGGAUCCUCCCCGGACUCGCUGAGCCUCUCCUGGACCGUCCCCCAGGGCCACUUCGACUCCUUCACCAUCCAGUACAAGGGCCGGGACGGGCCCCAGGUGGUGCGUGUCGGGGGCGAGGAGAGUGAGGUGACCGCUGGGGGCCUGGAGCCCGGGCGCAAGUACAAGAUGCACCUGUACGGCCUGCACGGGGGGCGGCGUGUGGGCCCCGUGUCCACCGUGGGCGUGACCGCCCCUAAAGAGGAGCCCCCUGCCAGCCCCCCUUUGAAGCCACAGCUGGGAGAACUGACUGUGACGGACGCCACCCCUGACUCCCUGAGCCUCUUCUGGAACGUCCCCGAGGGCCAGUUUGACCACUUCCUGGUCCAGUACAAGAACGGGGAUGGGCAGCCCAAGGCGGUGAGGGUGCCGGGGCACCAGGACGGGGUCACCAUCUCGGGCCUGGAGCCAGACCACAAGUACAAGAUGAACCUGUACGGCUUCCACAGCGGCCAGCGCGUGGGCCCCGUCUCCACUGUCGGUUUAACUGACUCAGAAAAAGACCAAGAAAUGACCGCAGCCCCAACAGACCUGCCCACCACAGCCCCCAAGCCUCCCAUCAAGCCGCACCUGGGGGAGCUGACAGUGACAGGCGCCACCCCCGAAUCCCUGAGCCUCUCCUGGACCAUCCCCGAGGGCCAGUUUGACCACUUCCUGAUCCAGUACAAGAAUGGGGACGGGCAGCCCAAGGUAGUGAGGGUGCCAGGGCACCAGGACGGGGUCACCAUCUCGGGCCUGGAGCCAGACCACAAGUACAAGAUGAACCUGUACGGCUUCCAUGACAGCCAGCGCAUGGGCCCCGUCUCUGUCAUCGGGGUGACAACUGCAGAGGAAGACACCCCCAGCCCCACAGAACCCAGCACAGAGGCCUCGGAGGCCCCCGAGGAGCCCCUCCUGGGGGAGCUGACGGUGACAGGAUCCUCCCCGGACUCGCUGAGCCUCUCCUGGACCGUCCCCCAGGGCCACUUCGACUCCUUCACCAUCCAGUACAAGGGCCGGGACGGGCCCCAGGUGGUGCGUGUCGGGGGCGAGGAGAGUGAGGUGACCGCUGGGGGCCUGGAGCCCGGGCGCAAGUACAAGAUGCACCUGUACGGCCUGCACGGGGGGCGGCGUGUGGGCCCCGUGUCCACCGUGGGCGUGACCGCCCUCCAGGAGGUUGUGGAGGAGACCCCCAGCCCCACAGAACCCAGCACAGAGGCCCCGGAGCCCCCCAAAGAGCCUCUCCUGGGGGAACUGACGGUGACAGGAUCCUCCCCGGACUCGCUGAGCCUCUCCUGGACCGUCCCCCAGGGCCGCUUCAACUCCUUCACCGUCCAGUACAAGGAUAAGGAUGGGCGGCCCCAGGUGGUGCGUGUCGGUGGCGAAGAGAGUGAGGUGACCAUUGAGGGCCUGGAGCCCGGGAGCAGGUACAAGAUGCACCUGUAUGGCCUGCACGGGGGGCGGCGUGUGGGCCCCGUGUCCACCGUGGGCAUGACUGAUCCAGACAACAAAGCCAUGACCACACAAGCCCCAUCCACUGCGCCCCCCGAGCCGCCCGUCAAGCCACACCUGGGGGAGCUGACAGUGACAGGCGCCACCCCCGAAUCCCUGAGCCUCUCCUGGACCAUCCCCGAGGGCCAGUUUGACCACUUCCUGAUCCAGUACAAGAAUGGGGACGGGCAGCCCAAGGUAGUGAGGGUGCCAGGGCACCAGGACGGGGUCACCAUCUCGGGCCUGGAGCCAGACCACAAGUACAAGAUGAACCUGUACGGCUUCCAUGACAGCCAGCGCAUGGGCCCCGUCUCUGUCAUCGGGGUGACAACUGCAGAGGAAGACACCCCCAGCCCCACAGAACCCAGCACAGAGGCCUCGGAGGCCCCCGAGGAGCCCCUCCUGGGGGAGCUGACGGUGACAGGAUCCUCCCCGGACUCGCUGAGCCUCUCCUGGACCGUCCCCCAGGGCCACUUCGACUCCUUCACCAUCCAGUACAAGGGCCGGGACGGGCCCCAGGUGGUGCGUGUCGGGGGCGAGGAGAGUGAGGUGACCGCUGGGGGCCUGGAGCCCGGGCGCAAGUACAAGAUGCACCUGUACGGCCUGCACGGGGGGCGGCGUGUGGGCCCCGUGUCCACCGUGGGCGUGACCGCCCUCCAGGAGGUUGUGGAGGAGACCCCCAGCCCCACAGAACCCAGCACAGAGGCCCCGGAGCCCCCCAAAGAGCCUCUCCUGGGGGAACUGACGGUGACAGGAUCCUCCCCGGACUCGCUGAGCCUCUCCUGGACCGUCCCCCAGGGCCACUUCGACUCCUUCACCGUCCAGUACAAGGAUAAGGAUGGGCGGCCCCAGGUGGUGCGUGUCGGUGGCGAAGAGAGUGAGGUGACCAUUGAGGGCCUGGAGCCCGGGAGCAGGUACAAGAUGCACCUGUAUGGCCUGCACGGGGGGCGGCGUGUGGGCCCCGUGUCCACCGUGGGCAUGACUGAUCCAGACAACAAAGCCAUGACCACACAAGCCCCAUCCACUGCGCCCCCCGAGCCGCCCGUCAAGCCACACCUGGGGGAGCUGACAGUGACAGGCGCCACCCCCGAAUCCCUGAGCCUCUCCUGGACCAUCCCCGAGGGCCAGUUUGACCACUUCCUGAUCCAGUACAAGAAUGGGGACGGGCAGCCCAAGGUAGUGAGGGUGCCAGGGCACCAGGACGGGGUCACCAUCUCGGGCCUGGAGCCAGACCACAAGUACAAGAUGAACCUGUACGGCUUCCAUGACAGCCAGCGCAUGGGCCCCGUCUCUGUCAUCGGGGUGACAACUGCAGAGGAAGACACCCCCAGCCCCACAGAACCCAGCACAGAGGCCUCGGAGGCCCCCGAGGAGCCCCUCCUGGGGGAGCUGACGGUGACAGGAUCCUCCCCGGACUCGCUGAGCCUCUCCUGGACCGUCCCCCAGGGCCACUUCGACUCCUUCACCAUCCAGUACAAGGGCCGGGACGGGCCCCAGGUGGUGCGUGUCGGGGGCGAGGAGAGUGAGGUGACCGCUGGGGGCCUGGAGCCCGGGCGCAAGUACAAGAUGCACCUGUACGGCCUGCACGGGGGGCGGCGUGUGGGCCCCGUGUCCACCGUGGGCGUGACCGCCUCCCUGAACACAGAGCCCCCCGUGGCACCCCGCCUGGGGGAGCUGGCUGUGGCAGCCGUGACCUCAGACACAGUGCACCUGUCCUGGACAGUGGACCAGGGCCCCUUCAACUCCUUCCUGGUCCGAUACAAGGAUGUGCAGGGGCAGCCCCAGGCAGUGCCCGUGGGUGGCCACCUCCGAGAGGUCUCGGUUUCGGGUCUGGCCCCGGGCCACAAGUACAAGUUCCUACUCUUCGGACUCCAGGAUGAGAAACAACACGGUCCCGUCUCUGCAGACGCAAAGACCCUCCCAGACACUAAACCUUCUCUCCGCCUGGGGGAGCUGACAGUGACGGACGUGACCCCAGACUCCAUGGGCCUCUCCUGGACAGUCCCCGAGGGCGAAUUUAACUCCUUCGUGCUUCAGUACAAGGACAGGGACGGGCAGCCCCACGUGGUGCCUGUGGCCUCAGACCAGCGCGAGAUCACCAUCCCCGGCCUGGAGCCCAAUAGCAAAUACAAGUUUCUGCUCUAUGGGCUGGGAGGCAGGAAACGACUGGGCCCCAUCUCUGCUGAAGGCAGCACGGCUCCCCUGAAGAAGGAGCGGCAGCGCCCACCCCGCCUGGGGGAGCUGACAGUGACAGAUGAGACCUCGGAUUCUCUGCGCCUCUUGUGGACAGUGGCCCAGGGCCCCUUUGACUCCUUUGUGGUCCAGUACAGGGACACAGAUGGGCAGCCCUCGGCGGUGCCUGUGGCCGCAGACCAGAGGGAGGUCACCAUAGAGGGCCUGGAGCCUGGCAGGAAAUACAAGUUUCUGCUCUAUGGGCUCCUCAGAGGACAGCACCUGGGCCCCGUCUCUGUCCUGGGAAUGACAGCCCCAGAAGAGGACAUGCCCGCACCCUCGCACCUGGCCACGGAGGCCCCCGAGCCCUCUGAAGGGCCCCGCCUAGGGGCACUGGCAGUGAAGGACGUGUCCCCAGACUCCCUGCGCCUCUCAUGGAGCGUGGCCCAGGGCCCCUUUGACUCCUUCGUGGUCCAGUAUCAGAGCACAGGUGGGGAGCCCCAGGCCUUGCUCGUGGGUGGCGACCAGAACAAGGUCCUCGUGUCAGGCCUGGAGCCCAGCACCUCCUACAAGUUCUUCCUCUACGGCUUGCGUGAAGGGAAGCGCCUGGGGCCCGUCUCAGCCGAGGGCACCACAGGACCAGCUCCUGCUGGGCAGACCCCCGGAGAGCCAGGGCCCCGCCUGUCCCACCUGUCGGUGACUGAUGUCACCACCAAUUCGCUGCGGCUCAGCUGGGAGGCCCCACCCGAGGCCUUUGACUCCUUCCUGCUCCGCUUUGGGGUCCCGUCACUGAGCACCCUGGAGCUGCAUCCACGUCCCCCGCUGCAGCGGGAGCUGACGGUGCCAGGGACACGGCGCUCGGCCAUGCUCUGGGACCUGAGUCCAGGGACCCUGUACACCCUUACGCUGUAUGGGCUGCGCGGGCCUCACAAGGCCGACGGCAUCCAGGGCACAGCCCGGACCCUCAGCCCAGCUCUGGAGCGCCCCCGUGACCUCCAGUUCAGCGAGAUCGGGGAGACGUCAGCCAAGGUCAGCUGGAUGCCCCCGCCGUCCAGAGUGGACAGCUUCAAAGUCUCCUACCAGCUGGCAGAUGGAGGGGAGCCACAGAGUGUCCAGGUGGAUGGCCGAGCCCGGACCCAGAAACUCGAGGGGCUCGUCCCAGGCGCUCGCUACGACGUGACCGUGGUCUCCGUCCGUGGCUUUGAGGAGAGUGAGCCUCUCACAGGCUUCCUUACCACAGUUCCUGACGGCCCCACCCAGCUGCGUGCACUGAACUUGACGGAAGGAUCCGCCCUGCUGCUCUGGCAGCCCCCCCAGGCCCCGGUGGAUACCUAUGACAUCAAGGUCACAGCCCCAGGAGCCCCCUCGCUACAGGACUCAGCCCCUGGCAACGCCGUGGACUACCCCCUGCAAGGCCUUGUGCUCCACACCAACUACACGGCGACCCUGCAUGGCCUUCGGGGCCCCAACCUCACCUCCCCAGCCAGCAUCACCUUCACCACAGGGUUGGAGGCCCCCCAGGACUUGGAGGCCAAGGAGGUGACCCCCCGCACAGCCCUGCUCACUUGGACUGCACCCGAAGUCCCCCCAACUGGCUACCUGCUCAGCUUCAACACCCCUGGUGGACAGACCCAGGAGAUCCUGCUCCCAGGAGGGGUCACCUCUCACCAGCUUCACGGCCUCUUUCCCUCCACCCUCUAUAGCGCGUGGCUCCGGGCCAUGUGGGACCGCAGCUUCACUCCCCCCGUGUCCACUUCCUUCACCACUGGUGGACUUCGGAUCCCCUUCCCCCGGGACUGUGGGGAGGAGAUGCAGAACGGGGUCAGCACCUCAAGGACCACCACCAUCUUCCUCAACGGCAACCGCGAGCGGCCCCUGAACGUCUUUUGUGACAUGGAGACCGAUGGGGGUGGCUGGCUGGUGUUCCAGCGCCGCAUGGAUGGAAAAACUGACUUCUGGAGAGACUGGGAGGACUAUGCCCGUGGCUUUGGGAACAUCUCCGAGGAGUUCUGGCUGGGCAACGACGCCCUGCACAGCCUGACCAAAGCCGGCGACUACUCCUUGCGUGUGGACCUGCGGGAUGGGGACGAGGCCGUGUUUGCCCAGUACGACUCCUUCCAAGUAGACUCGGCCGAUGAGUACUACCGCCUCCACCUGGAAGGCUACCACGGCACUGCAGGGGACUCCAUGAGCUACCACAGCGGCAGUGUCUUCUCUGCCCGUGACCGAGACCCCAACAACUUGCUCAUCUCCUGUGCCGUCUCUUACCGAGGGGCCUGGUGGUAUAAGAACUGCCACUAUGCCAACCUCAACGGGCUCUACGGGAGCACAGUGGACCACCAGGGAGUGAGCUGGUACUACUGGAAAGGCUUUGACUUCUCUGUGCCCUUCACGGAAAUGAAGCUGAGACCAAGAAGCUACCGGCCCCCGGGCAGGGGAGGCUGAGCCGCUGCUCACCCCUCCAGCGCCCUACUAUGACUGCCGAGCACUGAGGGGUUGCGCUCAGAGAAGAGCCGAGGGCCACCUUCACCAUCCAGCCACCGGAGGAAGCCUUCUCCACCCGCGAUCUCACAGCACCAUGUUUACAGGGGGGAGGGAAGGGGUUUGUACGGGAGCAAUAAAAGGAGAAA